CCAGUUCUUCCACUCAGCCCAGUUUCCCCCUCUUUCUUCAAAACCUUUCAUCCAUCCAUCCAUCCAGCCUGCACUGUGGCACUUGAGCCUGGAAGUGAGGACUUGAGGAGUGAGCAGCAGAAAGAACCAAACUUUGCACGCAAAGGACAUUUUCGAUAGGAUACUGUCUGGAAAAACAGGUAACUCAAAAGACUCGGUUCCGUUUGAUUUUGCCUGUGAAAUUUCUCCACUCUCGCCCCCAACAGGAGAGACAUUUUUGCAACUCUUUCAAUGUGAUUCUCCAUAUCGGAGUUGUUUAGACUGGGACAGACGGAGCUCCGAUCAAAAGGUGCCAGAUAGAAAAGAAGAAAGCCACAUCGGAUUGUCCGCCAGCGACAGAGAUCAAGCCUUGCACAAGUUUGGAGAAGGAUGGCAAACCUGGGUCUCCAGCUCUUGGGUUACUUCCUCGCCUUGGGCGGCUGGAUGGGCAUCAUCUCCACCACAGCUUUGCCCCAGUGGAAGCAAUCGUCGUACGUGGGCGAUGCCAUCAUCACCGCCGUGGGUCUGUACGAGGGGCUGUGGAUGAGUUGCGCCUCUCAGAGCACAGGGCAGGUCCAAUGCAAGAUCUUUGACUCCAUGCUCUCGCUUGACAUCCACAUCCAGACAUGCCGUGCCCUCAUGGUGGUGGCGGUACUGCUGGGCCUAAUCGGCAUCAUCAUCAGUGUGGUUGGGAUGAAGUGCACAAAGGUGGGAGACAAUAACCCGGCCGUCAAGACGCGCAUCGCAGUGACUGGAGGGGCUCUCUUCCUUCUAGCAGGUCUGUGUACAUUGGUUUCCGUUUCCUGGUAUGCAACGCAGGUGUCUUAUCAGUUCUUCAACCCAAAUACCCCAGCCAAUGCCAGGUAUGAGUUUGGCUCAGCCCUCUUUGUGGGCUGGGCAGCAGCAAGUCUGACUAUUCUCGGGGGCUCCUUGCUGUGUUGUUCCUGCUCCAAAGAGGACUUGCACGGCCAGCAGUAUUACCGCCAAUCGCAGCCUUCCACAGCUCGGGAGGCAGAGUUGUUGAGUGAAACUAGUUUCCCUGACUGAUCUGCUUUUUAUCAAGAAUUUUCCGACUGCCCGACUACUCUUUCUUCUUUUUCCUGUCGCCUUUGACUCACAUACAGUAUUUGACAGAAUAAUAUUGAAGUUGUUAUUACUUUUCAAUUGUGAUAUCAUGACAUGACCAAAUCUGCUUUGUUGGAACCUUAUUAUUCUCCAUUUAAAUGAAAACAAAAGCCAAUUUGAGCCAAUCAUAUGUUUUGGGAUGGCAAGCAUACAGGAUCAUGCCUCGCUCUCUCUCUCUGUAUGGUUUCGUUUGCCUGCGUGGCUGCCUGCCUGCCUGUCUGUCUGUCCCACCCCCCGGAUAGAUUGGAAUGUUUAUCUUUUGUUUCAAUGUGUUAACAAAUAAUCAAUGACAGAAUAACAGUUGUCACCUACCUGUCCUGCCUCAGUGCCUCACGUUUGGUGAAAGAAAAACAUGACGUAUCACCUGAUUAUAGGCCUGUUUCUUUCACAAUAAAGUGGAUUAGCUCAGCCCACCAA